AUGGCCGCCGGCCCAGCUGCUUUGCCGCCUGGCGCUUCUGCCGCGCCAAGCGACCCGAUACAAGACCUCCCCCAAAAGUUGGUCGACCAAAUGACCACCAUGUUCGGCUACCACGCCGGCUACCGCACAACACACGCCAAAGGUCUCCUUGUCGAAGGGUCAUUCAAGCCAUCCGCCGAGGCGAAAUCUCUUUCCACAGCGCCUCACUUCCACAACCCUUCCACCCCGAUCAUAGCCCGGUUCUCCGUUGGCGGCGGCAUCCCCAGCAUUCCCGAUGCCGAUAACCAGGCCACUCCCAAGGGAGUCGCCAUCCGGUUCUUGAUUGACGACAAGACGCACACGGACAUGGUCACGCACUCCUUCAACGGGUUCGCCACCCGCAACGGCCAGGAUUUUUUAACCUUUCUCAAGCUCUUCUUCGCUCUGGCAGUUGCCAAGAAGCGCUUUGACGAUGCCGCCAGAAAGGGAGGCGACGCUUCCAAGGAACAGGUCGACCUCAAACAGGCAAAGGGCGUGUUUGAUGCCUGGCUGGGAACGCACGAGUCCGCAAAGAGAUUCUUCGAGUCCCCCAAGCCCAACCCCGUCAACUACGGCACGAUUACAUACUACCAACCAAACACCCACGUCCUGACCAAUGCAGAGGGCGAAACGGUCAACGUGCGCUACCGCCUGGACCCCGUGGACGGAGAGCAGCUGUUCCCGGAAAACGAGGCGCCAAAGCAGCCAAACUACCUGGAAGAUAAUCUCCUGUACAGGUUCCCCACCGAGCCCAUCAAAUUCAAGGUCCUUGCGCACAUUGCAGGCCCCGACGACGUCCUCGACGACGCUACCGUUCCGUACAAAAGCACAAGGUGGGUGCCGGUGGGAGACAUUGACAUGUCCAAGGUUGCCGAGGACAACGCGAACAAGCAGCAGCAGUUGGCGUUCAGUCCAGCGCCCGAGAGUGGCGGUGUUCGAGGCAUCAAGUCGAGCAAUGACCCGUUGAUCCAGACAAGGAAGGGCGUUUACUACAUAAGCUCUAAGCAGAGGCGGGAAGCAAAGAGGGAGCCUGGUGGUGUCGCCGAGCUCUACCCGUAG